AUGCGGCACGUUGGCGCGAUGCGACGCGGGAUGACGGUCGUCCGCGCCGGGCUGCGCGACGUGCGGUACAGGCAGCGCAACUACCGGCAGCCUGCUUCCUGCGGCCGGAGCUCUCGCGGCGCCCGCCUCUCCGCAUGCAAGGCCUGCUCGUCCAGCGCGUUUGUCCCGGCCUGCGUCCUACUGAAGUCGCGUCUACUCAAGGGCCAGCGGCAGGCUCGCGACGCCUCGUUCAUCAUCGCGCGGGCGUCUGGGCUGUCGUCCGAGGAGCAGAUGACCACCGCGACGGGGCGGCGGGCGCUGGCCGCGUUGCGCGACAACGUGCAGGAGAUCCUUGGCAUCGUUGACCUCGACGGGAUGCGCGCGCAGCUCGCGGACCUGGAGGCCCAGACAUCAGACAGCAGUGUGUGGGACGACCCACAAAAGGGGAGCGAGCUGUCGCAAGCGGCCGGGCGCGUCAAGGCCGACAUAGCAGAGAUCGAGGGCAUGACGCGGCUCGUCGAGGACAUGGAGGUCGCGCUGGAGCUGGCAGAGCUGGACGACGACGGCACCGAGGCGCAGCUGGGUGCGCUGGCGGAGGCGCAGGCUGCCGCUGAGGCCCUCGACGCGGCGAUCGAGCGGUGGGAGCUGCAGCGGCUGCUGGGCGGCACCUACGACGACAAGAACGUGAUUCUGAGCAUCCAGGCCGGCGCAGGUGGGACGGAGGCGCAGGACUGGGCGGAGAUGCUGGAACGGAUGUAUGUGCGGUGGGCGGAGCGGCAGGGGUUCGCGGUGCGGCUGCUCGACAGACAGGCGGGCGAGGAGGCGGGCAUCAAGAGCUGCGAGCUCUCGAUCAGCGGCCGGUACGCGUACGGCCUGCUGCGCGGCGAGAAGGGCACGCACCGGCUGGUCCGCCAGUCGCCGUUCAACGCCAAGGCGGCGCGGAUGACGUCGUUCGCGGGCGUCGACGUGAUGCCGGACAUGGGCGACGGCGUGCAGGAGGUCGACCUCCCGGAGUCCGACCUGGAGAUCACGACCAUGCGGGCUGGCGGCGCGGGCGGGCAGAACGUCAACAAGGUCGAGACCGCGGUGCGCGUCAAGCACCUGCCCACGGGCAUCGCGGUGCGGUGCGCGGAGGAACGCACGCAGCAGGCGAACCGGAAGCGCGCGCUCGCGCUCCUGGCGGGCAGGCUGCUCGUCAUCGCGCAGGAACAGGAGGCCGCGAAGAUUGCAGAGAUCCGGGGGGACCUCGUCAAGGCCGAGUGGGGGCAGCAGAUCAGGAACUAUGUGUUCCAUCCUUACAAGAUGGUGAAGGACGUGCGGACGGGCGUGGAGACGUCGAACGUGACCGCUGUCAUGGACGGCGCGCUGGAUGAGUUCCUGCAGGGCACGCUGCGCUGGCGCGGCUCGAAGGAGGCGGGCGCGGUGAGCGCACAGUGA